UACCUCGUCAACUGGCGCAAGGGCGGGGCCCGCACCGGUGCCAACGCCGGCAAUUUCGCCCUUGUUGCUGCCGACGUGCUGCAACGGAGGCAAGGGCUCGCUUCUGGUGGAUUGACGAUCAAGGACGUCAACGAUGCCCUCGAUCAACUGGCUUCCCGAGAAAAUAGGGGAGAGAAAACUGCUGUCCUGUCUGACCUUAUUAAGAAGACCAAUGCUGUAGAAAUGAAGUGGAUACUGAUGAUCAUUCUUAAAGAUUUAAAGCUAGGCAUUAGCGAGAAAAGCAUUUUUCAUGAAUUCCAUCCUGAUGCUGAAGACCUGUUCAAUGUCACUUGUGACCUGAAAUUAGUCUGCGAGAAGCUGAAAGAUCGCAGUCAGCGACAUAAGCGGCAGGAUAUAGAAGUUGGGAAAGCUGUUAGGCCUCAGCUAGCUAUGCGUGUUGCUGAUGCUGCUAGCGCAUGGAAGAAGCUUCAUGGAAAGAAUGUCGUUGUCGAGUGCAAAUUUGAUGGUGACCGCAUUCAAAUCCAUAAGAAUGGAUCAGAGAUACACUACUUCUCACGGAAUUUUCUUGACCAUUUGGAAUAUGCACCUGGCAUGUCCAGCAUCAUUUUGCAAAAUAUCCAGGUUGAUAGGUUUAUAUUGGAUGGUGAAAUGCUGGUCUGGGACACCGCAACUAAUCGUUUUGCAGAGUUCGGCUCCAACCAAGAAAUAGCAAAAGUGGCUAGGGAAGGAUUGGAGAGUGAUCGUCAGUUAUGCUAUGUUGCUUUCGAUAUUCUUUAUGUUGGAGACACUAGCGUUAUUCAUCAGAGCUUGACAGAACGGCAUGACCUUCUACGGAAAUUUGUAAAACCUGUGAAGGGUCAGCUAGAAAUUUUGAUUCCUGAUGGCGGUCUUAACGACCUUCGUUCACCAGGUGAACCUUGCUGGUCUAUUGUUGCUUACAGUGUUGAAGAUGUUGAGAGGUUUUUCAGGGAAACCAUUGAGAAUAGAGAUGAGGGGAUUAUAUUAAAAGAUCUUGGUUCCAAAUGGGAGCCUGGUGAUCGGAGUGUAAAAUGGAUGAAAUUGAAGCCUGAUUACAUACAUGCUGGUGCAGACCUGGAUGUCCUUAUUAUAGGAGGAUAUUUUGGCUCUGGUCGACAUGGAGGGGAGGUAGCUCAGUUUUUAGUUGGUCUCGCGGAGCAUUCAGGCUCUAGCGGUCACCCAAAACGAUUUAUUUCAUUCUGUCGUGUCGGUACGGGUCUCUCUGAUGAGGAGCUUGAUGCUCUCACCAACAAAUUGAAGCCUUACUUCAGGAAGAAUGAAUACCCAAAGAGGCCCCCUCGAUUUUAUGAAGUAACAAAUCAUUCGAAGGAGAGGCCGGAUGUUUGGAUUGACAGUCCUGAUAAGUCGAUUAUACUUUCUAUAACGAGUGAUAUCAGAACGAUUAAGUCUGGGGUAUUUGCUGCGCCAUAUAGUUUGAGAUUCCCACGUAUUCAACGUGUGAGAUAUGACAAACCAUGGCAUGAGUGCCUUGAUCUGCAAUCAUUUAUGGACUUGGUACAUUCAAGUAACGGAAACACACAGAGACCUGACCAUGGAGCUCCGCAGAACCAAAUCUCUAAACAUCUCAAAGCCACCAAACCAGUGAAAGGAGAGAAGAAAAAUAUUUCUGCCAUUCCUUCUCAUUUCAAGCAGACUGAUGUCUCGGCUAUAAAGGGGGAGACCUUUAUAUUUGCUAAUAUGAUGUUCUAUUUUAUUAAUGUCCCUCCAUCUUAUACUAUUGACCAUUUUCACAAAAUGGUUGCUGAGAAUGGGGGAAAUUUCUCAAUGAAUCUCAAUGAUUCAGUUACACACUGUAUUGCGGCUGAGAAAAAAGGGAUUAAAUAUCAGGCAGCCAUGCGUCAAGGGGAUAUUAUUCAUGUUUCUUGGGUCUUGGAUUGCUGUGCACAAAAGCGGCUCAUACACCUGCAACCCAAGUAUUUCCUAUUCCUUGCUGACUCUUCAAAGAGCAAGUUCCAGGGGGAGAUCGAUUCAUUUCUUGAUUAUUAUUACUGGGAUCUAGAUAUCACGGACAUGAAACAGAUUUUCAGCAAUAUGAGUGGGUUAGAAAACCUCAAAUCCAUCAGUUAUUACAAAAAGAAAUAUUUUCCAAUGGAAUCAAUGUGCGUGUUUCAAGAUUGUCACAUUUUCUUCUAUGAAAUGCCUAUUGUGAACAAGGACUUGAGAAUGGUAUCAGAGCUUGCUCUCAGGAGGAUGAGACUUGACAUUACUAUGCGUGGAGGUGAAGACUGUGACAACCUUGCACAUGCUACACACUUAGUGGCUUGUUCAACCCUGGGAUCCCACAACUUUGAUGAAUUAUAUAAAAGUUUCCCAACUGCUGAGAGGCGGAGGUUGCAUAAGAAAAGGUUACAUGUUGUGAUGCAUCAGUGGUUGGAUGAUUCCUUAGCAAAAGGCAAGAAGUUGCCGGAAGAUGCUUAUAAUUUAAAGCCAGAUACCUUACAGGAUCUUGAAUUUGAAGAAAGCAAAGAGGAUAUCCAGGUUCCUUCCACCACAAGCGAAGUAGAAAGGCGGAAAGUUUCGGAGCCAGUUGACACAGGUGAGAAACGGAAAAGAGGGAGACCGAGAGGGGCAAACACAAAAAGAGGAACAGCAGCUCCAAAGCCCCAUCGGAGGACCCGGGCAAGGAUAGGAAACCGUGCUGCCAAAUUAAACUCGGACGAAGCAGACAACAUCAAUCCUGUUGAUGAAUCUGAUGGUGGAGAAGCUGAUGAAUCGAUGGAGGAAAUUCAGAGUGAUUUAGAGGAAAAUGAUCGGAGUGAGGAAAAUAAAGAAAAAUAAGGGAAGAGAGUCGAAGAAUUUGAGGACAAGGAAAGAAAAACAGAGCAUGCAGAAGAAAGGCGCAAAGGUUCUGAAGUUGUAGCUGUUUCAGAAAUCGGGAAGAAGGGAGCAGGUGAGCAACUGGAGCAAAUGGUAGAUCCACUGCAAGCAAUGUUAUUGGAUAUGAUACCGACACUAAGUCAGAAAAGAGAAGGGACAGCCAGCUCUGUUGCCUCAGUCGUGGAAGGAGAGAAGAAAACAGAGACAGGAGAUCCUGAUGCUAGCGGUAGUAGCCCAGCGAAGAAAAAGAAGAGAGUUAGCUAUAAGGACGUUGCAGAUCAAUUGCUGAAGGAUUGGUGAUUGUGUGCGGCUCUCAACAUCUGUACGUUUUACGAAAUUUCCUUCCCCUUCUCCGGUGAUUGUGUGCGACUCUCAACAUCUGUACGUUUUACCAUAUUUCCUUCCCCUUCUCCUCAUGACCCCUGUGAAUAUUAGCUCUUGGUGUAGCAUCUGUCUCCUUGAGUGUUGUACAUUAAGAGGAGGUAGACGGUGUGCUUUUAGCAUGGUUUUUGUCACAGCCAGAAGAGCCAGUGUGCUUCAGCAUGAUGGUUUAAUCACUAAUUAAGGUUUUGCUAACUUCGCAAACGGGUUGGCAUUUUUUUGAA